CAGGCAGCAUAAAAAACAAAUUCCUAAUUAUGGGCUUGCACGUUUUCUGGCCUGCCACGGCUUGCCUGACUCUCUUCGUAGUUUGCAUUAUAAUCGUGAUGCUAAGAUACGGCGGACGUCUCUGCAAAUUACGACACGAGCCGUUGCCAUCCGAUCAAGAAUGGGAGGGCAAAGCGUAUUCAAGAAAGUUAUCCGUUUCCAAUGCGUGAGAAUGGAUAGCAUCGUCCCAAAAAUAUUGUAGCCACGGAUCGAAUUUUUUUCAGUCUAAAAAUAUACAAAUAAAACUGCCGAUUAGUAUUUUUGCUAACGUUAGUCAAAUGUAAGUAACUUUUAAAAUAUUUAUAAUGGCUUUUUCUGGGACCCAUCUCGAAUAUUGACAUCAGUAUUGCAUAUACCCAAUAUUGAUCAUGUAAGUUAAAUGAUCUGACAUUCCGUCCAUUUUCUCUAUAUUCGUACUAAUAUAUUUUUUUAUUAACAUAUAGAUACGUGUUUUUUGGGGAAAUUAAUACAAUUUCUAAGGUUUUAUAAAAUCGAAUUAAUUUACAAAACAUCGUUAAAAGAACGUUAAUGUUGUCCGUCCAUUUUUGAUAUUAAAUAUAUUCUUGUUCAAAGUGAUUUUUUAUGAUAUCUCUUAAUCGAACACUUUUAUAAUUUUUGUAUCGAUAUAACAUUUUAAGAAUAAAAUAUAUGCCAUAAAAAUUUGUACCCUUAAAUCGCUUUACGAAAUUAGGGAUGUGAAUCCCGACCGGCGUAACUUGUUAUAGACCACAUCACUCUUGUAUAUAUAAUAUUUUACUUUUAUUGACAACAUUGGAUUUUUAUUACAUGUGUAAUGGUUACACAAUUACUUCAAUAAGUAAGUAGAUGCAUUAUACAAUUUUUAUAGUAGUUCGUAAAGAAAAUCACCGAUUUCAUCGAGCUACGAUACAUUCAAAAUUCAGGAGUUAUCCUAAACUGUUACGGUCUGAAUGACGAAAUUGUCCGUGAUGAGGUAACCGCGCGAUCAGCGAUUUAUACAAAUACUUUCAACAAUCAUUUGUCUAAAUCGUUGCGAGGCAGUUACCGACCCGCACAACGAAUUCGCGUCUUUGGAAAAUGUACAAUCGAAUUUGUUUAAUCUUAAAGAAACGCGUAGAAAACUUUUGGCGAUCUGUCAUACCAAUUUCUGUAGUUGUACUAACGGGAUUAAAAUCAUUCAACAAGAUCGACGAUCAUGAAACUCAACGGUCCGUAAUUGAACGGCGAUUCGUAUGCCUCUAAUUAUUUUAAUUCUAACGAAUAAAGUUAGAACGAUUCUCUUAUUAUUAAUAUCUAGAAUAUCUAUGAUUCUCGUUCCAAGAGGGACGCGAUGUACUCGAAUAGCAAAAGGCUGUUCCGGGAGAAAUAUCGAGAAGGAUUUUUCAGAGCAGAAGUAAUUAAGGGCGGAAAUAAAAAAUGUAUUCGGUGAUCUCUCCCGACAGUCUCGGAAGUCGCGAGUGCGUUGGGUAAAAUUCAAUUUGCGACUUGUUAAAACAGUCUCGGGGAAGAAAUCCGCUUUGAAAUUUCUCCAGAAAUACGGGACAUUUUGCUAUCGACGCAAUCUCCCCGGAACGUUCUGUGUAGUUUUAAUCGAAGAAUCUGAAAAAUUAGUCUCUAGGUUUACUGAUGUAUCUUUCUAUCAUGCUAUGUUACAAUGCGAUUAAAACAUGGAGAGCUUCCUGCGAGCUCCACACAGAGAAGUCAAGCACGAUACUCGUUAAAUCUGCUUUACAUUGCAUAACCGCAUGACGCAUUCGAAUGUUUCAGAAUUGCGCAG